AUGUCGACUACCGCUACCAGUCUAGGAGCUACUAGAUUCUUGAACUCAAUCCGUCAGCACGGUCAGAGCGCUGUCAACUUCGUAACAUCAAACGGGCGUACCGGAUCUCAACAAUCUAGUUCCGAGUCCGACAGUUCUAUUGACUCUGAAGGAUCUUCAAUCUCCAGUAUGGACUCUCUUGAUGGCAAGCGUUCUAGUAGCUUCCAAUUUUCUGCGUUAGGCGGUUACUCAAACCAAAGCUCCAUGUCUUUAUCUCCUCUCAAUCUUCAACAGUGCGGACGGGCGAUGCCAAAGGACACAGCGAUCAAUAAUCGGUUCGAGUCCGUGAACAGUCACAGAGCAAGUGAUCCCUUUAGUGACGACUCAAAUUCGUCUUCCUCCUCUCUAGGCCACUUGACUCCUCCUGAGUACGAAAGUCAAACAGCAUGGAGCUCGUUAUCAGCGUCAUCGGAUUCCACAGGGGAGAAAUGUCGAGUUCGUUCCAACCAAAACUUGCGAGAAAUGCUUGAUCAAGUUACAGCCCUUAACAGUCCUCCAACUAACAGGAUAUCUAGGCGAUCCAGAACUUGGGGAUCGAGUAGAUAUCGGUCCAAGCGUAUGACUAAGCUCAGCACUAAUACAAACAGGAGAAGACCCCGCGUCUUUUCAUCUACAGGAGGAAGGUUUACUUCCAACCCGAUUCCGAGGGUGAAUGAAAAGACUUGGGGAGACCUUAGCUUUAACCACGACCAUAAGCCUCACUCAACCUAUACAUCCGUAUCCCAAACUCCGAAGUCGAUAUUGAAGAAUCCUAUCCCUUCCACCAUAAAUUCUCGGCCAUAUUCAACACCCAUUGCUAGCCGGCGAACACAUUUCGCAAAAGACGUGUCCUCAGAAUCUACUGAUUCGAUCGUGUCAUUGAGUAUCAACUUUCAAAUGUCUCGAGCAUCAGUAUCAGCAAUAACAACUGCGAUAGCAUCCGCAAUGAGAAGCCAAUCCGAAAUAUCCAAUGUCAGAACCGCUCAGACCAGUCGGACUGAUCGACUCUGCGAUAAGACAGGAACCGAUCUAUCGGGACUGGUGCAUUCAUGGCCAAAAUCUCAGAACAGUGCGAACAUCGUGGACGACUUCAGUAGAUAUGACGAAGGAUUUGGCACCGGCAGAGAUAGAACCAGACUGAUGGGAUCGUUCAGAAAUCAGUCCUGGAAAGCAUACGAGAACGGGGCGGCCAAGGCAUAA